AUGAAGAUGCUGCUGUCACUGGGGCUCCUCUGUGCUGCCCUGUCCUCAGGAAGAUGCAUCCCCCUGCAGCAGGCGCCCACCCGCAGCAAACUCCUCCUGGUGUCCUUUGAUGGCUUUCGGUGGAACUACGACCAGGAUGUGGACACCCCCAACCUGGACACGAUGGCUGCGGACGGGGUGAAGGCCAAGUACAUGACUCCUGCCUUCGUCACCCUCACCAGCCCGUGCCACUUCACGCUGCUGACCGGGCGGUACCUGGAGAACCACGGGGUGAUCCAUAACAUGUGGUUCGACACCAAAACAGGCGUGAAACUGCCCUACUACACCACACAGGGCAUCAGCAGCUGGUGGGACAACGGCAGCCUCCCCAUCUGGAUCACUGCCCAGAGACAGGGUUUGAAGACAGGCUCUAUCCACUUCCCUGGAACCAAAGCAAAAUACCAAGGGGAAGAAGUGUACAAGAAGUUGGUGGAACCCGCACUGUUCAACUACAGCAAUGAGACCAACUGGAGGCAGAGCAUCGACACAGUCAUGGAAUGGUUCACAGUGGAGAACCUCGACUUCAUCACGCUCUACUUCGGGGAGCCAGACUCCUCAGGACACAAGUUUGGCCCUGAAUCCACACAGAGGAAAACCAUGAUCGAGCAGGUGGACAGAACUGUGGGUUACUUGAGGCAGCGUAUCCAGGAAAGCGGCCUGGAAUCAACCCUCAACCUCAUCAUCACGUCUGACCACGGCAUGGAGACCGUGAUAAAAACCGACGAGAUUCACAUCAGCACCGUGAGCAACUUCACCUUCAAAGACCUCGACUUUGAACUCUUAGAUUAUGGACCAAAUGGACUCCUGGUGCCAAAAGAAGGCAAAUUGGAGCAUGUGUACUCAGUCCUGAAAAAUGCCCACCCAAAACUGCAUGUUUACAAGAAAGAAGAGUUCCCAAAGAGAUUCCAUUACGCCAACCAUUCCCGGAUCACCCCGCUCCUGUUGUACAGCGAUCCAGGCUAUGUGAUCCAUGGGAGGUACAAGGUCCAGUUCAAUAAAGGGGAACACGGGUUUGACAAUGAGGCCUUGAACAUGAAAACCAUUUUCCGUGCUGUGGGACCUGCCUUCAAGAAGGGGCUGGUGGUGGAGCCCUUCGAAAGCGUCAAUGUCUACGCCCUCCUCUGCGAGCUGCUGGGCAUCACCCCUGAGCCCCACGACGGCUCCCUGGAGGUCACCAAGGCCAUGCUGCGUUCGGGUUCCCUCCAUCCCGCCAAGAAGCUGCCGCUGAUCCUGGGACUCGCUCUGGUUCUGGGAUGCCGGGGAGGAGUUUUCUAA